GUGGUGGUCAGUGUCAGUUUUUUUAAUGUGAUUCUGAAUUGAAUUUAUUGUUUUGGGUUUUCGGUUUUGGUGAUUCUGAUCAUUCUGAUCUGAGCGGUUUAUUGAGUUGUAAUAUUAUAUUUUAAUCAAAUUAUUUUAUCAAUAUCCUGUAUACAAGAAACAUUCAAAAAUGGAUGACCAAGCCUGUCCCCGCUGUAAAACCACCAAAUACAGAAACCCUUCUCUAAAGUUGAUGGUAAACGUGUGCGGUCACACUUUAUGCGAGAGUUGUGUGGAUUUACUGUUUUUAAAAGGUUCAGGUUCUUGUCCAGAAUGUAAUGUUCCUUUGAGAAGAAGCAAUUUCAGAGUUCAGCUCUUCGAAGAUCCCAUGGUAGAAAAGGAAAUAGACAUUCGUAAGAGGGUUCUCAAAGAUUACAAUAAAAAGGAAGAGGAUUUUGCCACUUUACGAGAAUACAAUGACUAUUUAGAAGAAAUUGAAACAAUAAUAUUCAAUUUAACAAAUAACAUUGAUGUGGUUAAUACAAAUAAAAAGAUUGAACAGUACAAAAAGGAGAAUAGGGAAAUUAUAAUGAAGAAUAAAGCGAAAAUAGGCCAAGAAGAAUUGGAGCUAGAAGAAAUCCUGGAGAUUGAGAAGCAGAUGGAAGAGCUCCGGAGAGCUGAAGUGGCUCGUGUUGAGCAGGAAGCAAAGAAACAAAAGAUUAGGGAGAAAGAGGCGCUCAUCGACGAGUUGAUGUUCGCGGAGGGAGACGCCAAAGAUAUCCUCAACACAUUCGCCCAGACCAUGGCUAACAAGCCUGAGGAAGUGGCACCCGCUGUUCAGAAGGUGACCCAAUUCUCGACCGGCGUAAAGUUCACCCGCGGCUCGGCCAACCACCACAUGCCGGUGUGCGAGGAGGCGCCGCUGUUCCGGUACUCGCCGCCGCCCGCGCCCGCGCGCUGCGGCCCCGACCCGCCCUCCGUGCGCGACAUACUCGCCAGCGGGUACCGCGCGCAUAUCAAACCCGAGACAGAGGCAGAAAAAGCUGGCGGUUACUCAUCAACUCUCCCCUGCCUCCGUGCCCUGCAAGAUGCCCUGGCAGGCCUCUAUCACGCCAGCUGACCCACAGAGAAGAUGGAAAUACCCGAAUCUGUUAUUAUACUGGAUUAGUUGUUCGAUUUGUCAUUAAAUUUGGUUGUUUUAUAUUAGUUAACAAAAAUUCCCCUGUCUGCAAAGUUAGUCGACAGGGGAAUUUUUCAUAUGUAAAGGACAAGGUUAGCACGUUCCAUAAUGCUCUUAGAUUUUUUUAUAGUACCAAAAUCUGUUACUUGGGUAUUAUACUGGAUUAGUUGCAUUUAUCACUAGAUUUGUUUCUUCAUAUUAAUCUUUUAUACACAUUUUCUUCUACCCUGCCAGGAUUGGAUCCACAGAGAAGAUAGAAAUGCCGUAAUCUGUUAUUACACAGGAUUAGCUGUUCGAUUGGAUUGCUUUGUUUAUAUUUCUCGAACAAUUCCCCUGUCAGCAAACACUGUAAUAUGUGCAGACAAGAUAUGUAGAUCUGCCCAAUACUUUUAUACUUGAUUAGUCGUUAGGUUUAUGAGUCUGAUUAUUUGUUAAUAUACAUUAUCUGUGUACCCUGGCAUAUUCAAGAAUGCCAGGUGACCCACAGCAAAAAUAACUUACAUACAUAAUAUUCACGUCUAUAUCCUAUGCGGGGUAGACAGAGUCUACAAGGCACGUUCAACUGUAUAGCUCAAUGAUGAAAUAUAAAUGCUACACUGUAGGUCCCGGGUUCGAAUCCCGGUUAGGGCAUGAUGAGAAACGAACUUUUUCUGAUUGGCCUGGGAUGAUCUUGCAUGUUUGUUUAUCUGUUGAAGUAUUUAUUGUAAAAUAUAGUAUCACGGAGUAAUGAUCUCGUAAAACAAGUUUCGAACUUCGAGGCUAACUCAAUCUGUGUAAUUUGUCCCAUAUAUAUUUAUUUAUAUACAUUUAUGUCUGUUUUUUCCCUGCCUGCAUAAUGUUAUUCGCCCUGGCUGGCCUUUUAUUUUAUAUGGUUAUUUUUAAUUUCCCUGGUAGGUUUUCAUCAAAAACGGUUUGUUAGGUGCUACAUAUUAUAUGUAAAUGGUCGCGGCAGGAUUAGAAAUUGUACGUCACGCGUUUUCAAGUCGGAUACCUUAACCGCUAUACCAUCGAGGCUCUCGAAUGUCAUGCGAGUGUAUGUUUUUAUGUCCAGUAGGUACUAUUAUGUUAUAUUGUAAAUUUACUCUUGAAAGUGGUAGAUAGUAAUUUUGCAAUAAAACUAUAAUCUGAAGUUUUUUUUCUGUUUUCAAUUCCAGUAUUGUUUGUACAGGUUACAUAAUUGUAGGGUGUAAAUAUUUACAUUUCUAAGGUGUUAAUGUAAGUAUUUAAAACUACUGUUAAUUUGUUAUUGUUUGUGAUAAUUAAAAGUA